AUGGAGUGGCUCCCUCGGGGCUGCCCGGCCGAGCGCUUGAAGGAGGCCUUGCAGCUCUCAGAAACGGAGGACGGUUUGAUGCGGAAAUGCUGCCGGCGAGCCUUGGACCUCUUCACCGCCGAGGGCAACGUGCAAGGCCAGCUGAACCAAGAUCGUGUGCACACACUGCUGAAGCUGCUCUUCGAUCAAGGAGAUACCGCCCUGCACGAUCCCAAGACCGCACUGUCACUCAUAGGUGGCUCCCCCACGGGCGUGGGCCUCGAGGACAUGGUGAAGCUCUUGCUCCAUCCGCACUUCCGCCCGCAGGACCGUGGCCGUUUCUUCGUGGCGUUGAGUCUCGCAGAGGGCGAGACCUUACGACGAAUCCUGCACUGCAAGUUACUACUGGGUCCACCUUUGGCACCAGCCAAUACCUCCAUCGGCUUGCGUGCACUGGCAUCAGGCUUCAGCGUCUUGGAUCGCUCCGUGGGCUUUGAGGAAGGCGCCACCUACCAGACGCUGCGCGCGAUGCAGCUGUGCCGCUACUUCGAUACCCAGGUCUUCUUCAAAGACGAGGAGCUGACGGCCUUGCUCCGCGGCCUGCAACACGAGACGCCCUUCGCCCGGCGCCGCUUCUUCGAGCAGAUCGGCGGCUGCCGGCGCCGCGCCGUGGGCGACUGGGCGGAGCGGCCCAUUGCGGUGGCACUCACCGUGCCCAGCGAGUUUGAAAUCAUGGUGCAGCGGAUUCGAGCGGUGCGCUUACGGGAGACCAUCAGUGGGAAAGGCUUGGGUGUGCAGGAGGCUUUCGAGCGCUUCGACCUGCAGCAGGUGGGCUUCUUGGGCCCCAUUGAGAUUUGCCAAGCUCUGAAACACCUGGGCUUUCAGACAUCACCGGAUGAGAUCUUGGAUUGGUUGGAGGCGAUGGACGAGUCCGGGGACCACGUGGUGUCCUACCGGGAGUUCUUCAGCUUCGUCAAGCACAAAGUCGACGAUGCCUUCAUGGGUGGAGACCACGCCAUCGUGACGGAGCUCGGGAAGGAGCAGCUGGCGCACUCCUCCGGUCCUCCCGCACUGGACCGCGCGAUCUCGGGCACCACCGGAGGUGACCCCGGCUCCUCCCUGGCAGUGCCCCCUGCGCUGAACCGCGCCACUUCGGGUGCCUCGGGAGGCAGUGGCCUCACCGUGGGCCGUCCUCCCUCCAUGAAGCGUGAGAUCUCUCGAAAGCCGGAGCUCUCCCAAGGCGAGCGAGAUAGCAUCUCCAACCGUCUCCAGGACCGGAUCGCGCGGCGGAAGCUGGAAGAGGAGAAGGAGAAAGAGCACAUCGCGGUGGAAGAGGAAGAGAUGCAGAUCGCCAUCGAAGAGCAGCAUGGCGCAAAUCCACUCUACACGUAUGCGAACGUGACGUGUCAGGGUGCCACCACUGCGGACUUUGACUUCCAGAUGGACUACCUCCCCAAGGAUUGCUUCGCGUUCGGCUUCGUGGAGCCCGUCACGGUGGAAGGCAGCAAGGGCUUCCUCCAAGUGGACAAGCGCUCCUUCGUGCAAUGCACCAAGCUCCAGCUAGCGCCCAAUGGAGGUUCAAGCAAGAAGCUCAACGUUUAUGGCCUCACCAUGAACUUCUGUUGCCCGUCCUUGCCCCAAUCAGAGCCCGGUGGCGGGGCCGUCAGUACCGUGCGGGUGAAUAUCCACUAUGCCAUUGCGGACGUGUACUUCGUCUAUGCGGGGAAGGAGAAGAGCGAUCAGAAGGCCUACACGCAUGAGUUCAAGUUAGAGCCGGGGGAGAACAUCACCGACGUGACCGUGAAGAGUGUCGAAGGUGUUGGUGCCUAUUCAUUGGUCUUCAAGACCACCCAAGGGCGAACCUCUGAGACCUUUGAAGGAGAUGAGAUGGAGUACCUCGACAGCGACGAUUUGUCCCGGAAGAACUGGGCCGCUGGCCGGGGCAACAUGAUCGCCGGGCUGAAGACAAAGGUCACCGAUGGCGUGGUGAGCAUCACGGGCAUCACGAAGAAGCCCGUGAACCAGAGCGGCAAGACGGAGGCGCCCUCAGAUCGCUUGACCUUGGUCUCUUUGAGCCGAGCUCCGGGCGAUGCCGACAGCUACGAGCAGGCGGUGUGGGCCUGGGCGGAGGUGUGGGGCGCGUGA